AUGGCCGACAUCGGGCUUCCACGAAACCCCUUCGAGUCCCACUCCGACAAGGGAAGCGAGCUAGCGGGAGAAACACUACAGCUGAUCUCUGCGGCAUCUGGGGAAAUAGCGGGGAACCUCAGCAGCGCCGCCGGUGCAGUGUCUGUCACUAACCGUACCCUCACCUUCCCUGUAGCUGACGAGAGCGAUCCACUUGCCCUUCUGUACUCGACACCGGCCCAUAAGCCUUUGUCGCUGGCGCGGCGCACCUGCGGCACAGAGCCACUCUUCCAAUACUAUGUCUUGCGUGGGUACAAGGAAAUCCUCAGUGAGUCAGAGACCCUGAAGGCAGCGAAGGCGGUGCAGGCGUGCCUGGAGGAUGGGGACGCAGCAGCCGCGGGGAGCGGCAUGGCAGCGGCCAUGGUGCAGCACCGCCUCAGUGGCUCCAAGAAGAGUGCGCCAUCGCUGAAUACCAGCACCAUUGAUAAGUGUCUCCUCAGCAUUGCUGUCGCCGCCGCCCCUACCGCCGUCUCCGCCGUGGGCCUUGCGACGGACGGUGCCACCAACAGCGUCGUACCUCUGUAUCUCCCCCUCCGCCCAACACAGGCACUGGACGUCAGCUCCAGCUACUGCACCCAGCGAGCGGAGGAGAUGCGCGCGGCAGCCGAGCAGGAGCGCAGCGAACGGCUGCGACUGGUACCUGAGGCGGCCGUCUACCUCGGUCGCUAUUACCCAGAGGACAGCCAUAUCGUGGCCGACGUGCAGCUGCAGCUGGCAGAAGAAAACUGCGGUCCUGUGGCGAAUGCAGGAACGACUGCAAAGUUCAGCGUAAACAGCUCAAACCCUCCCUUUAUCUUCAACGUCGCGGCAGCGGGCGCAUCAAUGCUGGCGCGCAGUCCCGCUCUCGACUCCGUACCACUGCCAAUACCAAACACCCCCGCCGGCGGCACUCGCUUCCUCUCCAGCCUCGGCCCCAGCCGUCACCUCACUGCCAAGGAGCCUGGUAGGCUCUCCGCACCAUCAAUCGCACCGCUGCUGCUUCGCACGCCGCAGGAGGCAGCCGUCACGAUGCAGAUGCAACAAGAGGGUCGUCAUGUACUGGCAGACCAAAUUGAGGAAUCUUUCGUGAACGCAUACCAUCUCCGAGAUCCAGCGGCGGCGCAGCGGCAGCGAGACCGCGAGUCGCUGUCGGUGCAGCGUCACUCCAUGCAGGCAGCAGCGGCGCUGCGGGCCGGCACGGGAUCUGCAGCCGCAGCGAAGAAGCGCUCGAUUUUGACCUCCUCGAAGAAACUCGGCGGCAAGGCAAAAAAGUUGACAGUGGCGCCGCCAAAACGUGAGGGCGGCGUGCCCGCGAACUUAGAGCUGUUCCGCACCUCGCUGCUGCUCGCAUGCAGCGAGGACGGAGCCGUCACACUGGGUCAGCUACGCGUGCUGCUGGCAGGUGUCCCCUUUCACGUCGGUACCCUCACUUCAACCUCUGCGGCCGACUUGGCCAGCGUCGCUCAACGUCUCUUUCACAUCAUUCACAGCAGCACCCGUGCUUGCAACGCCGCAGACGCCACCGAUUUGCUGCUUGCUUUCGCAUCUUCCGCUACUGCCGGUUGUGGUGGUUCGUCGUCGCGGCUGGCAAAUGCGCUGGGCGACAGCCUCGUGCCCACCGCAGCCCAUGCCCUAGGGAACAGCCUCUCACGGGUCAGCAACGCUGGCAUCGGCGCGCGACGUGGAGUAGGCGCGAGUGCGACUCUGACAACAGCGGGGCAAAUGCGACUAUCAACCGUGUCCACGCAGCUGCUUGCAAGCAACGCGAGUGUGAUAUCACCCAUCAUAGCUACAGCCGAUGCCGGUGGCAGCACUUCCGGCGGAGCGCACACACCGAAAACGCCGUCGCUGAUGGGUGGGGCUGCGGCUUCGUGUCAUGAAGCAUCAGGUGCUGGUAACGGUAGGAGGCAGUCGCUACAUCACAGGCCCUCGGCAGACAUGCAUGAUGAGUGGAAGUCCAUCCUCGUUGUCGAGGUACUCGACGCGCUAGAUGCGCUGCUGAACAGUGUCGAGACGAAGCGCGUCGUGCGCUGGGAAUGCUUCAACGUGCUGGCGGCGGAGGGGAACGGGUACAUCCACAAAUCGCAGCUGGCGAAGCUGCGCCGGCAUGCCUACCGCGACGGAUCAGCGGCAGAAGAGCAGGCAGCCGUCACAGCGGCCAUGGUGAAGGCCCUCAGCGACGUAUUCGCAGUUGUUGCGACAGAGGAGGAGGCCGCCUACAUCAAAGCGAACAAGAAAAGGAAAAAGAAGGGUGGCGCUGUGGCCCUGGCGGCACAUCAGAGCUCGCCGAUACCGUUAAACGUCAUGCGCAAGUCACACAUCGACUAUGCGGUCUUCUGUCGCUUCUUCGAUGAGAUGCCGCUCAUGUCGGCUGCCUUCGCGCAUGUGUGGCUGCCGCUUCUCCUGAACGGGCGCCGGCACACCACAGCAGCGGGCGGCACGACAGUAAGCCCUUCGGAUGCUGCCAAGUCUUCCAUAGCAUUGCCCGGGCGAGACUCUGUGACAGGAACAACGUCACUGUUGCCCCCUUCGCCUGGGUCAUCGGCAGAGGCCCUAGAUGACAAGGAUGGAGAGGAGGCAAGUCCCAACGGUGGCCCACCGCCGUCCCAGUCGCAGCGGAGAGCAGCACCGGCCGCAGAAGACGACCCCAACGCGUCGCCGCUUGAGCUGCUGGGCAGUACAGUGGAUGCUCGGCAGGCGGCGGUGUGGCAACUGGUGACGGACCGGCAGAAGCAGCUGCAUCAGGCCUGCGAUGCAGCAGAGAAGGAGAAACUAGCGUUGUUGCAAAGCGAACAAGGCAGUGGCAGAGCUGUCGCGGAUUCGUAG